GUCCUGACGUAGCUUCCUCUCCGGGGCGUGUUUCUGUGCUUGUCUGUAUCCGGCGGUGUUUUGUUUUGGUUAUGUGACGGAUGAACGUGGGGGUUUUUAUUUAUGAUUACAAAUAUAUAUUUAAAAUAUGUGUGAGCCGAGUCCAGACGUUUUCCACGAGAAGCAGCGGCUGGAGUUAUGCGCGAUCCAUGCGCUCAAUAACGUGCUGCAGGAACGGAUCUUCUCCAAAGAAGCCGCGGAUGACAUUUGCAAACGUUUAUCCCCGGAGUCCCGCAUGAAUCCGCACCGCAGUUUUCUCGGCACUGGGAAUUACGAUGUGAAUGUGAUCAUGGCGGCGCUGCAGAGCCGGGGGCUGGCGGCGGUGUGGUGGGACAAGCGCAGGUCGCUGGACUCUCUCUGUUUGGACAGGGUCUUUGGUUUCAUCCUCAACAUCCCCUCUCUGGUGUUGCUCGGCUUCCUGUCCCUCCCCAUCAAGAGACGGCACUGGAUUGCGGUGCGUCAGGUAAACGGGUCCUACUACAAUCUGGACUCCAAACUAAAGGAGCCCGCCCGAAUCGGCAGUGACACCGAGCUCAGGAAGUUUCUGGAGGAACAAAUCUCCCAGGAUCCCUGCGAGAUGCUGCUUGUUGUCCAGAGGGAGGUUGAGGACGACGGAUCAUGGAUGAGCCCCAAUUGAGAACAGGGAUCAAGUUUGAUCCAUUCCUGGUUUCACUAGGAGUGUAUUAAGACACACCUGAGCUUGUUACCUAUACACACUGUGGCUAAUCAAGCUAGUAAAACCUGGACUGGGUGAAACUGCUGUGCAAUAGGAGUCUUAUACCAUCCCUGGGGAGCAAGUACGCAGGGGAAUGCUUUUAGGUACGGAACCCUACACGGAUGCUGUUUUAUUUUUUGAGUGGAGGUUUGUUGCAGCGGGGGAAGAAAUUAAUGGACGGACCCCCUGCUAUUUUGUCAGGGGGACUGAUUUUACUAAAUGAAUUCAGUUGGUAGACUGUUAUUUGCUUUUACAAAAAGACAGUGUAAUGCAUUUGUUUGUAAAGGUGCUGCUCGUGAGCUGGUAUCAGUGAUAUUGAACCUUUCUCUGGAGGCCUGGGUUCCAGUCUGGAGGGCUAGGUGGCACAGACAGACAGAGACAGCUGUCUAAUGCGUAGAAGUGUUCGUGCUUGGACUGAGAUAUAUAUAUUUUUAACCCUUUGCGGUCCAUUUAUUAAUCGCGCGUCAGGCACGCCAGGUCUAAUUGAUUUUCACACGCGCAGUUAAUUUUAUACGCGCUGUUUAAAAGUAUUUUUUUCCACAGUCAAACAGGUUUAAAUGGCCCUGCAUAUCAACAAAGCAUUCACUAGGCAUCUCCAGCCCAGCCCCACCCUUUCGUUUGCUAUCGCUUUCACAUAUGCUAAGAAAUAAAUAAUAAUAAUAAUAAUAGUCGUACAUACCGAUCGAUCAUCUCCAGAUCACUCGUUUUAUCACCAAACUCCUCAAUAAUGCGAUCCAAGUCAUUAUUUUAUUACUAUAACAUCUGAAAAAAGCUCUGCAAAUGCCCAUGAUAGUCUCUGUGCGCUGACGCACUCAGCCAGCUUGUUUACUGUGGACGCCCAUUAUCUGAUACCUGAUACCAUGUAUGACUAUUCAUGAGAUACGCCUUUUUUUUUUUUUUUCCCGACUUGUCUCGGCUCCUGUCGCUCCCACUCGGCAAUUGAAUGGUUUUCUCGGCUUUUUCCGGAGAAAAAAUGACUAAACACCUGUUUAUUGCGUUGCUAUAAUGAUGUCGGACCCAGUCCGACAAAGGACCUGUGAGGAAUAAUUGCAAUGUCGGACCCAGUCCGACAAUGGACCGCAAAGGUUUAAAUGCCUAUUACACAUACAGUAUAUGCAAGUUAAUAUAUGCAAAUAUUUACAAGCUUUGAGAAUAUGGGAGAAAAGUGUUUUAGAAUUGAUUUAAUUUCAGCUUAAAGCUUCAGGUGUCCAAUAUUCUAUCUAUCUAUCUAUCUAUCUAUCUAUCUAUCUAUCUAUCUAUCUAUCUAUCUGUCUAUCUAUCUAUCUGUCUAUCUGUCUUUAUGCAUCUAUCUAUCUAUCUAUCUAUCUAUCUGUCUAUCUAUCUAUCUAUCUGUCUAUCUAUCUAUCUAUCUAUCUAUCUAUCUGUCUUUAUGCAUCUAUCUAUAUAUCUAUGCAUCUAUCUCUCUUGAUCUCUCUAUUAGGAGUGUAAUGAUAUACUAAUUGUAUCACAAUAGGCAAGUCCUGACACAGUAUGUGUCACAAUACACAGGAUGGUCCUGAUGUGUGACUUGUAUGAUGCACAAUAAAAUCAAAUGGUCAUUUAAUGACAGGACGUUUUGUUAAAAGACACAAAUGAAACGAGGCAGGGAGAGUGUGUAUCCAUAUCAACUAUAAAACAUGCCUCUUCUUCAUUCAAGAACCACUCUGUGAACUACAGGGAGCACUGCUGUGCUUCUGGUCUUGAGUCAUGGUACAGAUGAUACAGAAUUCUGUUAUGAUAUGUCAUGUAAAGAAAGCAUCACGAUUCAUUGAUACACAAUGCAUUGUUACACCCUUCCUAUUUAUCCAUCUACAAUGUCAUCCAUAACUAAUAAACACUACACAGCGUCGAAUUUAGACAUGCUUACUAAAUACAUCUAAUGACAAACACUUUGACUGGAAGCCCUUAACCCUGAAGGCAUUGAAAAAGACUUCCAGUCACACUCUCUCUGUGGUUUGGUUGGUCCGCAGAUUUAUUGACAGCGUUUCUUUCUCUGUUUUUAUCACAUACCUCAGUAUGGCUUGAGAAUGUAAUUUAUACAUUUUGCAGUGAAAACACGACAACGUUUUACAAUAAAAAAUAAUAAAUGCA